GAGGAUGAAGAGGACCGAAAAGAAAGAGAACGGCAAGAGGCCAUUGCCAACAAGCCUCCGCUUUCCACCAUAUACUCCCUGACAGAUUUCGAGAGUGUUGCGAAAAAAGUUCUGCCUGAAGGAAUCUGGGGAUACUACUCCACCGGCUCCGACGACGAGAUUUCCUUGCGGGAAAAUCACUAUGCCUUCAGCAGAAUUUUCUUCAGACCUCAAUGCUUGAUUGAUAGCAGCAACUGCUCAUUGGAUACAGAAAUCCUGGGCACCAAACUCUCUGCGCCAUUCUACAUCACCGCAUUUGCCGGCUCUCCCUCAGCCCAUCCCAUGGCAGAAAGGGGUCUCCGCAACGCUGCUGGGCUGGAAAACAUCAUUCACUUAAUUCCAUUCCAGUUAUCGUUCCCAGUGGAGGAAUAUUGUGCUGGCUUGAAACCGGGACAGCAGAACUUUUAUCAGUUGCACUUCUAUAACCAAAAACAGUUUGACGAGGCUCCCGAGUUUUUCAAAAAACUGGAAAGUAUGCCCAAUAUUAAAGCCGUUUUCAUCAAUGUCGACCUCAAUGCCCUCGGUAAUCGUGAAAAAGACAGCAAGAUUAGAGCACGGAUUGAUUCUGAAUCGACAGAGGCUCUCGAUGUGUAUGCCCAUUCCGAUGUCAAGUACUUCAGUCUUACCUGGGACCAUAUGAAACAAAUCCAGCAGAUGACCAAGCUUCCUAUUGUGCUGAAGGGUGUUUUGAACAAGAAUGAUGUGCUUAAGGCAGCUGAGGCUGGUCUUGCAGGUGCCCUGAUCUCGAACCACGGUGGUCGUCAGCUUGAUUUUGCCAUGCCUCCAAUCGAGAUACUCGCUGAGAGCAAGCAGCUUCUCAGGGAGAAAGGACUGGACAAGAACUUCGAGCUAUUUAUUGAUGGGGGAAUCAGAAGGGGCUCGGACAUUAUCAAAGCUCUCUGUUUGGGAGCUUCAGGCGUCGGCCUGGGAAGACCAUUUUUGUACUCAUUGGCUAGCUAUGGUGAAGAAGGGGUUCAAAAAGCGAUCCAAAUCCUCAAGACCGAAAUGAUCAGGGACAUGAAAUUGCUGGGAGUUAGCUCUAUCAGCGAGCUCAAUGAGGAUAUGGUCGAUAUCACGUCAUUAAAGUACAAAGGACUGCAAACUAGAGAUCAUCUGUACGACCAGAACUAU